UUUUUUUCCACAGUUAGCAUGCACAUAUGUAAAGACGUAUGUAGCUAGUAGUAGGAAAGUGGCAUCGAUAUACAAUACGCAUAAUACAAAUUUGAAAGGUAUUAUGCAGUCAUAUCUCAUUACAAAAUUUGUAUAGCUUUAAACAAAUGCACUGAGAAUUAAAUUUUGGGCUUCUGCUGUUGUCUCGCACAUGAAGCUGCAGCCUUCAGCAGAACAGUCUCUAAUUUCUGAUAGCUGCAAACAAGCCAUUAUUAAAAGAAACCUGUUUUCCUUACGAAAUUGAACGGGCUUUUACACUAUUAAUUGCAAAGUAUUUGCAUUUUUAUUGUAAUUUUUAGGGUAGCUGCAUAUGUAAAAAAGAAUUUUAAUCAUGGUACAAAUUUCCAUGAAAUCAGUGUUAAGGUGUAUUUUAGUGAUUUUAAUACUGCAGUGUUUCCAACAAGUUGUCGUCAUUGCGCAAAAUGAGAAUGAAAUGUGCAAAACUGGAAGACCAAACAUUAUCUUCAUCAUGGCGGAUGAUGCGGGAUGGAAUGACUUCAGUUUUCAUGGCUCUCCGCAAAUUCCCACCCCAAACAUUGAUGCUCUCGGAUUAUCGGGAAUUGUAUUGAACAAUUAUUAUGGAAGUCCGCUAUGCACUCCAACACGUGGGGCUGUGAUGACAGGGAAGCAUCCCAUCCACUUGCGAUUGCAGCAUUACGUGGUUAUGGGUGGGUCAGCAGAAGGCCUCCCACUUACGGAGCGUAUUCUCCCCGAAUACUUGAAAGAAGUUGGCUACUCGACCCAUCUCGUUGGCAAAUGGCAUCUUGGUCACUCUCGAAAGGCGUACACCCCCACGCAGAGGGGGUUUGAUUCACAUUUUGGCUAUUGGUUGGGCAAGCAGGACUAUUACGAUCAUUUCUCCAACGAUGGGGGCCAAUGGGGAUACGACUUUCGAAGCAACUUAUCUCUUCAUUUCCAAGUCAUGGGAAGAUACGAUACAGAAUUAUUCACAGAACAAGCAGUUCGCUUAAUUGAAGAUCAACCAAAAGACAAGCCGCUGUUUCUCAUGAUAAACCAUAUUGCACCCCACUCCGCAAACGGUAAUGGACCUGAUCCAUUGCAAGCUCCGAGAGAAAAUGUGGACAAAUUUAACCUCACGAUUCAAGAUUCGAGAAGAAGAGCAUAUGCAGCAAUGGUGGACAAGUUGGACGAAUCUGUUGGCCACGUUGUCGAUGCAUUGGCAAAAUCCAACCUCUUGCAAAACUCGGUGAUAGUAUUUGCAAGUGAUAAUGGAGCCGCCCCAGACGGUUUUGACUUGAAUUACGGAUCAAACUGGCCAUUGCGAGGAGUCAAAAAUACUUUGUGGGAAGGCGGCACACGCUUGUCUGCCCUCAUUUGGAGUCCUUUCAUUCAAAAUCGUGUUUCAUACGACCUUCUUCACGCACAAGAUUGGCUUCCAACCAUUUAUGAAGCUGCAGGAUGCAAUCCUUCAAAGUUCCACAAUAUCGACGGUGUAAGUUUAUGGAAGACUUUUACUGAUGGGACUGCAUCCCCUCGUAAAGAACUGCUUUACAACAUUGACGACAUUUACAACAACUCAGCCAUCCGACACAACGAAUGGAAAUUAAUUCAAGGCAACAUAUCCACCAACGACCUCGGGGGUGGAGUUUGGGACGGAUGGUACGGUCCGACAGGCAGGAGUGAGUUCAGAUCCGUCCACGACCUAAUUCCCGAAAUCAUGAACAGCAUGGCGGGUCAAGCAUUGGCGUCGGCUGGCUUCGUUAUGAACGAGACCAAGCUGGCAGAAAUGCAGAGGGGGGCCGAAGUUGGGUGCAAUCCCACCAUGGAGCAGAGACAAGUUACCUGCGACCCUUACAGCGGGCCGUGUCUUUUCAACUUGGAGGCAGACCCAUGCGAACAGCGGAACGUGGCGGAUAAUUAUCCCGAUAUUUUGGAGCUAUUGAAAGAAAAGUUGGCCGCGCAAAAUGCCACCGCGCUGACGCCAAUGCCUCGAUUCCGUGAUCCAAAUGCUAACCCAGCCAAAUGGGGGAAUGUUUGGGGUAACUGGCUUGAUAACUUGGAAUCCGGUACGAAUCCUGACUUUCCGAACAUUUGUGGAAAUAGUGGAAAUAUUUAUGGAGGUCAAUUUGUUACAACCAUGUUGCCAAUUUUAUUAAUUGCUAAAAUUUUGUAUUUGUAAAAUUUUAAAUUAUUUAUUAUGAUUUUGUCCAAAGUAUAUAUAUAUACAUAUUUCUUUAUUAAAUCGGGUAUUUAUUUAUUAUUUUAUUUAUUGAGAAUCCAGAAUUAGCAUAAAUGAAAUUAUAAUGUCGAUAUUUUAUUAUAUAAUUAUUUUAAAUAUAGUUUUUUCGUACAUGAAUUUUUGACUUAUUUUCCUUUGGUGACAAAACGUCUGCUGAAUCAUUACCCAAAAAUAGAGCACUAUAUGCCCUGUAUCCUGCAUGUACCCUGCAUUUAUCUCCAAAUUUAUAAUUAAUAUAAUAAUUCGUUCAGGAGUGGGUCGUGAAAAUCAAUGUGGCACUUAUCAUUGAAAUAAUCCGAGCCUUUCGUUGUACACAAUUAAACUGAUCAACUCUGCAUAUGUAAAAUCUUAAAAUAUGUGUCAAACAUACAUAACAUUGUAAAUAAAAUGAUUUCAAUUUUGUA